CUCAGGGCCAGAUUGACUAGGAUCGGUGUCGGCAUACAGCUGGCGCCCCCCAGGUAUGGAGGGCCUGCUCAUUGACAGCAGACCUGCCCCGUGGAUUCAGUUUUCGAGCACGCAGACUCGCCGAGGGAACAGCUCGGCGUCGGAGCAUGAACGGAUCCUCUCGGGACGCAGACCGCCGCAGACCGUAAGCCCCUACUGCCAGCCACCAGCCGCGUCCCCCAACCGCUUGGCCCACACUUCGGUCCUGCCCGUCCGUGCACGCGCGCUGACUUGCAUCAUAUACAUGCAUGUGUUGGGUCAGGUGCGGUUAGCGUUAUUGGCAACGACCACGCCGAUGCGAUAUGUGUGCGCAGACUCUGUGAACCAUACCGAUAUCAUACUGAUACCUAGCUGAUUCUCGGAACCACAAGUGGACAGAAGAUUCAUUCCAAUGCGAAGAAGAGGAGGAAGCCCUAGGCGGAAAACAGGACAGCCAGGAGAGAGAGAGAGAGAGAAGAACGGAAAGAACAGGUGUGACAGACGCCCUGAGGCGCGUCGGCGCUACAUGCCGCACUUAGGCGGGCACGGAGAAGUUCAGCGUUAAAAAAAUUCUACGGAAGGGCGCGCGUGGCUACCAGCAAUCACGACGGACAAAGAUGCGGGCCAGAAAGCCAGGGCGUUCUUAGUAGUUGCGACCCCGCACGCCAGCGCAAACCCUCACCCCACAGCCUUCUGCCCGCUCCCUGAGGCCGGUGCCCCGGCCGUCCCAAUGCUGAGAGGUGUGCCGGGCUCCCUCGCGCCGCCGCCAGCCCCGCCCCGCUGGGCCAACUCCUACUUGGCGAGCGCGCCCGUGGGGCACCCGCCCUGCACGAAGCGCAAGACCACCGCCCGCGCCUCCGCGCUCGCUGCCAUGGCCCUGCUGAGCCGCUGCUCGACCUCUUGCGUGGUCGGCGCGGCGCGCGGCAGUCUGCAGAGGCGGCAGCCGCCAAAGGGCAGCACGGCCUGCCAGCACAGCGCGAGCGGCCGACGGCGGCAGUCGGGCGCCUCGCCCCGCCCCAUCCCGCCGUCGCAGUCGCAGGCCGUGCAGCCGUCCGUGCUGCUGCCGAGGGUGGCGACGAGCUCGUGAUCCGCCACCGCGCUGCUCUGCGGUUGCUGUACGCCGGGCGUGCCCAUCCCACCCCGUCGGGCCCAAGAUCGCAGGCCUAGAAGUUGACACAAACACCAAGGUCGGCGGUGUGCCUCCACCGAGGGACGAAGAUCCCGAUCUCGGUG